UAAUAUCAUGUGAAGUGUCCACCAUGCCUGUCCCUGAGCAUGUGAUUCUGACUCAUCUCAGACCAUCUUUCCAGCUUCUAAAUCGAAGAAACCAACAGAUCCUCCGAUGAUUCCUCACAUUUUACCCCUAAACUUUAGUUUUUUUGAUGCCCCUCCAGCAAAAGACCUAUGAAAUGAUAUCUGCUCUUCUGCUUACUGUGUCACCACAUUUUCAAGAAAUUCGAGGUUUUGCCGAAACACUCUGAAAUCUCAGCUGUUGAUUUUAAACACCAUGUUAUGAAAACAGUGAAGAUUUUAUUUGGCCAGGUGGGGAUCAACGAAUUCAUUGAACUACUCUCUUAUGAUACGGUGAAUCAUCGAGGUAUUUUUGUGUGCUCCAGAGAAUUCUAUGUGAAAUUUCGUGCUGCCUUAUCUUUGACAAAAAAAUUUGAAGGUUUUAACUGCAGUUACCUUGUGAACAAAGUAUCACCGAGUGCUCUGUCCUUGCUAUCCAAUAGCCGAACAUAUACCCACGAGUAAUUUCCUCUAUUUUUAACCUCUUUAAAAUAAUUUAAUCAACCAUGUCAUACUGUCGCAAAGAAGGCAAAGAUUUAAUCAUAUUUGCAACAAAAGAAAACCACGAGCAACCUAGCUCAGUUACAUUAGGGGAACCAGAGCAGGGCCCUGGCCUUAUAAAUCAAGACGGAACAAUCAACUGGAACUGUCCAUGUCUAGGGGGCAUGGCGACUGGGCCAUGUGGUCUAGAAUUUAGGGAAGCUUUCUCUUGUUUCCACUACAGUAAAGAAGAAGUCAAAGGUUCUGACUGUUUUGAAGAGUUUAGAACAAUGCAGAAUUGUAUGUCCAAGUAUCCUAGUGUUUACGGCCAUCAUGAUUUGAAUGAGAAUGACCGAGAUGAUGAUGAUGAUGAUGAUUUUGAUCUUGAUGAUAGAGAACCAAGUGGGCCAAAUCCUAGCAAACCAAGCGGGUCAGAGGUGCAAGAAGUUAAAUCAAAUCUUGAAGGAAAAAGUUGAAUAUCUUUAUUUGUAGUCAGUAAAGCUACGAGCUGUAUUCUUGUGGGAGAAGAAGCUUGGAUGUGAUCGAACCAUUUUAAAACGCAGUAUGAUCCUCAUGUGUUAAGGCAGUCAACUAGACUGACUUCCUGGCUUCCUCUAAUCGCUCAUACUUAUGAAAGUUUUUCGUUUUAUCAUGAUAGUAGGUCACUCUGAUCAGCAGUAUUGAACGAUUAAUGUCCCAUCUGUAUUUGUGGCUAAUUUACCAUGUGAGGAAAAGUUGCAAUGGUGGGAAUAUACAAAAGUAGUCCAUUAUCUGAACACAAUUUGAAACAGACUCUUCAAGCUCAAUAGUGUUAAAAAGAAUGAGUGAAGAAGUAGAGAAGGUAAGGAGGGAAAAACCUGAUGUAACUGGUUCAAGUCAAGCUCUGAUAGUUGAAAAUGGUUCAUAGGAAAUUCAAGCAUCCUCUUUUGCCUGAGUAUAGUGGUCAUUGUCCUUCGUUACUUACAAGUUUUGUAUGUUUUGCUUUAAGCUAGUUUUAAGGUGUUACAAAUGUUUUGCACCUAGGGUAGUUUUUUGUCUUUAUUUAUCUUAAAUCUGGAUGAAUAUGUUUCAUUUUUUUUACUGUCUUUUUUUUUGUUCUUAAUCGCAUAACAUCAGAACAAUCUCUGAGAACUCUGCACAGUCUUUAGCGUGUAAGAAUGCAAUAAAGCAUGAGUUCUUAGUUUGUCAAUUUUAUUUUCCUCUAAUCAAGCCAUGACUUUCCAAACUGAAAUUUGGCUUUUUGAACUGUCCAAAAUCAAUCACUUUAUUUGAAAAAUUUACAAUACUUAAGGAAGUAUUUCCCACCAGAUUACACAGUUAUUUUGAAAUCAUGAAAGAUGAAUUUUUGCCACUUCUCUUGUAGUAGGACAUUCGUUUAGGAAAAAAUUACAAAAUCUGAUCAUGCUGAUCAUUUUCCAAAUGACAUAAGCCCCAGUCUCUUGAAACUGUAUCAUUCCCUCUGCUGCUAAUUUUUGCGUGUCAAUAAAUGUGUGCUUCUUUAGAUAUCAA